AAUCUACAUAUCCCUAUUCUGAACAUCCCAAGAACCAUUUCACGUAUUUAGAUAAAUCUCAUUACUUUGUAUGACAUGUAAUAGGCCCUGUUUAGUAACUGAUAUAUGCUACACAUUUUCUAGGCAUACACUGUACUUGCUAUAGAUACUGACAUAUCAUGUUUAGUCUGCUUGGUAACGGUUUAGUUCGCAUUCCGGAGGUUGGUAUAUAUACUUGGAUAAAGACUGCUCUCCGUUCCAUGUCCAAUCGUCGUCGACGAAUUCUUAACGGUACUGACUACCUCAAAGGCAAAUCGGGGUACGCUGGGCGCAUCAGGACAAAGAAGUUGGCCCCGUGUCGUAAAUAACACAACUCAGUGCUACUUUAUACGCUUUUGGGACAAAUAAGCUAAAGUUCUCUUAUGUUUCUGUCUACUUUUACGCAGCCCAUAGAAACAUUUUCGUAUAUAGGUCGUGAUAUUUCUAGUAAGUACCUUUGAAAUGGCAAUGGAUCAUGGCCCUAGUACUGUGCGCUGCGCCCACAUCCUGUUGAAGCAUACCGGUUCAAGGAAUCCUAUCAACAGGAACACUAACCAGCGUGUAACUCGAUCUAAGGAAGAAGCUAUAUCAAUGGUACGGGACUAUCGUAACACAAUCAUGUCGGCUCCGGAGCGCGACAGAGAGUUCAGAAGAAUAGCUACAUCUAUUUCCGAGUGUUCAAGCGCCAGUAAGGGUGGGGAUUUAGGAUUCUUCAGUCGUGAGCAAAUGCAAGCUUCAUUCUCAAAUGCCGCGUUCAAUUUGCAAGUUGGAGAGAUCAGUGACCUUGUGGACAGCGACUCUGGCAUACACAUAAUAUACAGAAUAGCUUAAUAAC